CAAAGGCCAUGCACGCAUUGGCAGCCACAGAGAUGGCAGGCUGGGAGUAAGCAGAACCCAGCGAGGGAGCAAAAUCCCAUUUCAGGUACAAGGAGAAUGAGGGCAAGGAGUCCCACCGGGCUCACGUGGGCACUGGCAUCGCCUUUCUGCCUGGUGCAGGACGGGUACGAGCAUCCCACAGCCAGGAGCUGGGAGAGGAGGAGGAAGCAGUAGGACCAGGACUCUGGGACAGGAUGAAGAUGAUGCAGAAGCUGGAUUCUCAUAGCGUGGGAAAGAAGCAAGCUGCCGGCAUUCGACCCGGGGAUUUAUGCUGCUAAUCUGAUUAGUGUAUGAUGGACGUGUCCAGUUGGAAGGAGAUGGAGGUGGCACUAGUCAGUUUUGACAACGCUGAUCAGAUCGUGGAGGAUCCCUGUUAUUCAAACGACCUCAGCCCCGCCAGCCAGUCGCGGAAAGGCCAUCCCAGCUGCGCCAACCUCCUCUCCAACUGGAGGAUCCUCAUCAACAGUGAAAACGCCAACAAUGAGACCAUUUUCUCCAGGUUCUCUGCUGAGUUCAGUGAGCACCUGGUGGGGGAGCGGGUGGGGAUGGAGGAGGGGGACCAGCGAGUCAUCAUCAACAUUGCUGGGCUGAGGUUUGAGACACGGCUCAAGACCCUCAACCAGUUCCCAGAGACCUUGCUUGGGGACCCAGAGAAGAGGAUGCGUUACUUCGACUCCAUGAGGAAUGAAUAUUUCUUCGAUAGGAACAGGCCCAGCUUUGAUGGGAUCCUGUACUAUUACCAAUCCGGUGGGAAAAUCCGGCGUCCGGCCAAUGUCCCCAUUGAUGUCUUUGCUGAUGAGAUCAACUUCUAUGAGCUGGGUGAGGAAGCUAUGGAGAAGUUCCGGGAGGAUGAAGGGUUUAUCAAGGACCCUGAGACCCUCUUACCAACCAACGACUUUCAUAGGCAAUUCUGGCUGCUCUUUGAGUACCCUGAAAGCUCCAGUGCAGCCAGAGGUGUAGCUUUGGUCUCCGUCCUGGUCAUUGUCAUCUCCAUCAUCAUCUUCUGCAUGGAGACCUUGCCAGAGUUCAGAGAGGAAAGGGAGUAUAAGUCCCCCCAGGAGCUUUCUAGGAAUACGACGGACACCUUGCUGGCCCACAGCACCUUCACAGACCCUUUCUUCGUCAUAGAGACUGCCUGCAUCAUCUGGUUCUCCUUUGAGCUGUUCGUCCGAUUCAUUGUUUGCCCCAGCAAGACCGAGUUCUUCAAGAACAUCAUGAACAUCAUUGACAUCGUGUCCAUCAUCCCCUACUUUGUGACACUCACCACUGAGCUGAUCCAGCAGAGCGAACUCAACGGGCAGCAGAACAUGUCCUUGGCCAUCCUACGGAUCAUCCGCUUGGUGCGGGUCUUCCGGAUCUUCAAGCUGUCCCGGCACUCCAAGGGGCUGCAGAUCCUGGGGCAGACCCUCAAGGCCAGCAUGCGGGAGCUGGGUUUGCUCAUCUUCUUCCUCUCAUCGCGUCAUCCUCUUCUCCAGCGCCGGUCUAGUUUGCAGAAGUGCCAUUUCUCCAGCAUCCCUGAUGGCUUCUGGUGGGCCGUGGUCACAAUGACAACCGUUGGCUAUGGUGAUAUGUGUCCCACCACCUUGGGUGGGAAGAUUGUGGGCACUCUGUGUGCUAUUGCAGGAGUGCUGACCAUCGCGCUGCCCGUCCCCGUCAUCGUCUCGAACUUCAACUAUUUCUACCACAGGGAGACAGAGAAUGAAGAGAAGCAAAUUCUACCCGGGGAGGUGGAGAGGAUACUCAACAGUGUGGUGACGGGCAACGACAGCAUGGAGUCUCUCAAUAAGACCAAUGGGGGUUACCCUCGAGACAAGGCCAAAAAGUGAUGCUUGUUUUCCAUGGCAAAGCUGAGCGCUGUUGGGUGGGGUGGGCUGGGUAAGGCAUGCAACAUCUGCAAGCUGUGUUUUGUUGUUGUUGUUUUUUUAUUAUUAUUAUUAUUUUAAACCAAAUGCGCUGCUGCUUUUUUUUUCUUUUGUUUGUUUUUUUUUGUUUUUCUAGACAUUUUUCAAUCUCUGAUUUCCCGUGGCUGCUCAAAUAAACACCAUCUUUCUUAUCUCUCUUCCUUGCUCAUCGGUCUGCUUUUUAUUACUUGAUGCUCAUCUGUUUGGCAUUCAGCUUUCCUGACCGCAGCAUCAGUGCGCGGCUCCCCCAUGCAUGGAGAUUUUUCCCCAUUUACUUGAAAGGCAAAGAGGGGAAAACUGCAAGAAAAGCUUUGCCUGGUGCCACCCAGCUUCACAGGGCUGGUCCCAUCUCCCUGCUCUUCUCAGCCCAUUGCCCAUGCUUCCUCUGCAGAUUGGCUUCCCUGAUCUGUGCUGGUGGCACAGCAGGGUGGACAAUGAUGGAUGGGACCGAGCCAGUGGGUGCAGGGAUUUAAAGAGGGAGAGGGGUGAGGACUGACCCCAGUGGUACAGCCACCAAGGAAGGGUUGUGGCUCAGUGCCCAUGGGGGUUCUGGUGGACCAGCUGAGCUCUGAGAAGGGCAGGGGGGACUUUGAAUGCAAACAAAUGUUCAACUUGUGGUUUAUCUGGUGCGCAAAUGCCCUUUGGGACCAAUCUCUGUGACCUUGUAGCUUUUAUUGUCACUUAAGUUGCUGCAAAUGGAGCACAGAGUAAUGAGGGCUGACAUUUCCUGACAGCUUGGCUCUGCAUUGUAAAAGGCACUUCUGGUUUUCGAAAACAUGCGAAUUUCCAUGGGCAUUUUUGAAGGGAGAAACAGAAACAGAUCGUUUUGCUGCGCUCUCUAUUGCCAGCAGGUUUUCUUCCGACAAAAACAUUUUUGUUCCAACUUCUCUGCUUUGCUUGGCUUUUUUUUUUUGAUGUUUCUGCCUACAUUAAAAUCACAGCUUUUCAUGCAGUGUCUACACAUCCGCUUUUGUAUCCCACAUCUGUUCUACUCAAUGUCUCAUCUCCUAAAGGGUCGGUGUUGAUCAUUAUGCAACGUGCCAGCAUCUCUGGUUUGCAGCUUCAUUCAUAAAGGAGUGCUGGAAGAUUAUUUCUUUGUUUGUUCUCAUUCCCAGGCUGAUGUAAAACAUGAGUUGGGGCGUGCUGGGAUUUUCCCCCUAGCAGAGAUUCUGCACCCACCUAUCCAGAUUCUGCUCCCCUGCUUGGAGGGGUGGACAUCCUACAACCAGAUCUUUAUCACACUGGGUAUCUGUAGGAGGCACAGCUGGGCACAUCUGGAGAGCAGCACUUUGAGGCACCCCCAGCUCCUUUCAGGCAGUUUUAACCUCAUUUAUUUCUUACUUAAUAGCAGAAAGAGUUGAGCUUUCAAUGCUGAUAGGAAGGGUUGUCAUGUUUUUCAGGUAGAACCAUCUCCCUCUUCCUUCAAUCCAGAACAUCCAAGCAAGCCUUGGAGCAUCCUUUUGGCACUGGCUAUUUCCCUGUGCACUGAAAUACAGUUUUGGCUCCAGAGCCACGAGGUGGCACUCCAGGACAGACAUUUCUUAGGCAUAGAAGUAUGACAGCAGUCAGUGUGUGCUCCCCACUCUCAUUCGUGGUCCCUGGGGUCUUGGUCCCACCAGGGCUGCUGAUCCCUGCAGCUGUAGUUCCUGCUGCAUCAAGCUCAUAACAGUGGUAGAGCCAAGGGGCAACAGAGUGCUCUAAGCUAUGGAAAUGGAAGCAAGACUUCCUCUCUAUACAUGCACAGCUGCGUGCAGAAGCUUUGCAAUGCGGGUCUGCAGUCUGUGGGUUUGGGAUGGGGAAUUCAACUUCCCUGGAUGGAAACUGAGGUUUUCCAGUAUUGCUCAUUUGACACGACCCCAGUACAAAACCAGCUUUGGCUUCCUACAAACCUCAGCUCCCUGCAGCCCCAGUCUUGUUCUGUUGCAUCAAUGUUCUGCCACCACCACGAAGCAGCAAUUGUACAACAGCUCCUCCCUAAUUCCUGCCCUUUUAUCACCAAUAAACGUGCAGCCACCAACUCUACAUCAUCAACAUUUUAUUUGCAUGCAAGCAAGGACACCUUAGAAAACACAGCCAUGGUCUGGUUGAGUGCUG